AUCGAGAGUGCAACUAUCAGAGAAGUGCUUCGCGACGACGCGAUUGCCAAUAACGGACAGAUAGACAACUCACUCACCAUUGAUCCAUCGGGCUUAGUCGUGACAGCCCGGACUGAAGCUUGUCCGGCAUAUCGCUGUCAAAAUGGAGGCGAUUGUACACGAACUGGAAGUUUCCCAGAUUAUGUGUAUACGUGCGAGUGCCCGGAUGGUUACACGGGAACCUCCUGCGAGGAAACAGAUGAACCUGGGAACGGAGGAAUCAUUGCCACUGUCACUACAGCCGGUGCACUCCUGUUAUGCAGCAUUGUUGUCAUGCUAUGCGCUUGCGUUAUCAAGGCAGGUCGCUCUGCUUCUCAACGACGUAGACGUUUUGCACAACAGGAUAUGGACCAUGCCAGACAGCGUUAUCGCUACGGAGUGAGGAAUUGGACUCGUCCUGCUAUCAUGCCCCGCACCAUCUCGGCAAUGGACGAUGGAUCAAUGGACGACGCACGCGCAUUCUAUGGGGCCUAUGACUAUAGUACUAACUAUCGUAGAGAGGACGGCUUCUCGGGGCCUUACUCUCCAUACAUGAUACCAGGCCCAGCACUGAUGCGCAGAAUGGAUCAAGAAAUGAUGAGAGACGAUUUCUUAUACUGAAUAUAGCCAUAAUGCAACUAAAUACUACGUGUCAACCAAAAACAUGUCCUACUUUUUUGAUCAUAAAUAACUCUGUUGUUUACCAACAGAAUCCAACCAUUGUGAUUUAGAUCAUGUAACAAGGCAUGACACAUUUUAUGGAGUGAGUUUGAUCAGCU